UUCAAUGUGAUUCGUAGAGAGAAAUGUGUUUGUGUUGUAUUUUCCUAAGGUUUUCUUGUAAAAUACAAGUAAAUAAAGUAUCAAGUAUCACCAAUGGAGGAAGAAAUUUUCCUUGAAAAUAAAGACUUUUUGUAUGGUGACAAUAUCCUAGACGAGUUAAGUAAAGAGUACCAAUGGUCCUCACUCCUGGAUGCAGCAGAUGCUUCACCGAGUGAGAUCCUGGCUGAUGCAGCACCGGUGCUGGUGCCUCCCGUCUCUCCAGUGCUGAGCAUCAAGUCAUCUCCGACAGAGAGCAGCAGCUCUGACUCAGGCAGUGAAGAUGACACUAAAAACUCUAGUACAAACUCUGAGAGGCAGUCAUCACAGUCCCCUGUGGAGUGGAUCAAUGAUGAACCGCAAAUUAAAUUGAACUUAGAAGAUAUUGAAAAAUUCAUCCUCAAAAAUGACGCUGUCAACUACAAAAUACUAUCAAAUAAUAAACCACUUACUAAUGUGUGGCCAUCAGAAAGAAAAGGCCCAGUUGUAGCCAUUGAAAAUGGAGUCAUCAAAAUUGAGGGCAUGAACCUAGAAGAUUAUAAUGAUACAUUAAUAUCCGAUGAUUGUGUAGAUACAUCCAAUUUAAUUAAUAGAAAAGUAGAUGAGCAGGUUCAAAAUGCAUUUUUUCGAGUUAUCAAUGAGAACUAUACAAGCAAUGGAUGUGUUCCAAACUUAAAAACUAGGAGUGACCGGAGCAAUGGAGCCCAAACAAAGCCUAAUAUACUUAAGAAGGCAACAGUACUAAAAAGUGGAACUGAAUGCAUUGUACUAUCACAGAAUCAAAAUGCAAAUUUACCUAAAAUCGCCAUAUCCCCUUUGCCUUUAUCCAAUAAAACGGAAAUUAAAUUGCAUUCGUCGCCAGUCGCAAAUACCUUAGUUAUAAGCCCUAAGUCUGUGUUACCCCAAAGCAAUAGUGUAAAUGUACCAGUAGUACAAAACAAUGUGAUAUCCCACGACGACGGCUCCCAGAGCCCGCCCUACGACCUGUCUCACCUCACUGAAACUGAAAUAAAGGCAUUUAAGAAGCAGCAGAGGAUGAUCAAAAACAGAGAGUCGGCGUGCCAGUCGCGUCAGAAAAAGAAGGAAUACGUGACGGCUUUAGAGCAGCAACUACUAGAGGCUCAGCAGGAGGUGGCGCGGCUGCGGCUCGAGAACAAACUGCUGAGAGAUCAGUUGGAUACGGGCGGCCGGAGUAGGAAGGUGCCUCGGCUGAACCCGUCGUUUCUGUUACCAAAGAAGAAUGUUGCAGUUCUCUUUGCCAUGGUUUUUAUGGUCUCACUUAAUUUUAACUUCCUCGGGUGGAAUAAUGGUAGAAUAGCUGCCCCAUCCGCUCCACACAGGAGCACCAGGCAUUUAUUAUGGAAUGAAGAUAGCCCAGAAGUUAUUUCAGACGACGAGCGACCAACAAACGCAUCAACAUUCCUCCCAGACUGCACUAACACGACAUUCAGUGUCAACCCUCCUGGCAUCAACAAGACGGAGAGCAUCCGCAUCGCCGGCGAGCUGAACCGCUGGAUCGGCGGCGGGAAGACAUUGAACUGGACCUACGACUCGCCACGGCGGAGACCCGUGCUCGGUGAUGAGAAGAUUAAUGAUGACAUAAUAGAGGUGUACAAGUCACUGUACAACAAACUGCACCUGGACACCAACAUCAUCGACUACCUGACGUCGCCGCGACACGGCAAGAGUAUCCGCGGCAAGUCGCGACUACGCAGACUACGACGACAAAAGGACAUAGACUUGGACUACGAAACUGUCUACCCGAAGCCUAUGCCCAAAAGCGUCGACUUCGAUAUAGACUUUGGGGAGUGGAGCUCGCUGCUUCAAGCGCUGCAUCGGCGUGAUGAUACGUUCUAUAUUGUGGGAGUGGGACAGGGAGAGCAUCUGCUGUUGCCGGCCGUGUCGCACAACGACACGAGGCCGCCGAAGAUGGCUCUGAUACUGCCGGCUAAAACUGGCAAUGAUUCAAUGGCUCGAGACCACGUGACCCUCAUGCAGAUUGACUGCUCGGUGGUCAACACGACGCUGGUGCAACUCAAGUCCGACGCACUACCAGAGAGCUUGCGAAAAACCACUAACAAACAAAAAGAAGUAAGAGAAAUUUACAACAAAACUAGAAAAGUCACAACUCUCUCAAAUAUGUCACAGAAUAUAUCGAACUUUUCUGUGGAUGAGUCACAAACGAGGAAAGUCGGACCGGUAGAGGAGACACACUUUGCAAAAUAUUUAUAUUCCAAGUCUGAUAACGUUAAUGGAGAUACGGCGAAACAUGUUCAAAAGUCUUUGACUAAAAAUAAAGUCGGUGGAGCUCAAUAGAAAUACAAACAAAGAAAAUUUAUUUGGUACGACUUAAGAGUGUUUUAAUAAAGGUAGCUAACUAAAAAUAUGUACGAUGUUUGAAAACUUGAGCAAUGUUAGCUGUAGAGAUUGACUGACCAACCAGAAGAUUCUUUAAAAAAAAUUGUAUAACCUGUGCGGAUAAUGGACGCAUCUGUGAAUGGCCGACGGAAUCAUAUGCCAUCUCACUCUUAUCGUACCUCUCUCUAUACUGCUAGUUAUGUAAUGGCCACCAUAUACUUUGUUCCAUGUUUCUUUAUCCGCAUAGCACCUAUACUGGUUACUGGGUGGAGUUAGUUAGGUUAGUAGUAUGGAGUUACAUGGAGUGGAAAAAGAGAUUGUUACGGAACCCAAUUAUGAAGAUACUUUACAAAAUGCAUUUUAAUACUUAUUGUAGACGCAAUAACUUGGUGCAAUACACUUAGGUCUAACUCGUAUGGUCAAGGAUAACCAAGAGUAACAAGUUUUAAUACCGAAAGCAAGCUACCCAUUCCUUGACUAUUAUCUAAAUGUAAGAUAUUAACUAUUUAGCUAGACUCGAUGUUAUAGAUUAGAUCUCACUAUAAGUUUACGUUUUUAAUUUAGUAUGCUAGACUUCAUUUUAACUUGGUUUAAAAUUAUUUUAGCGUGUUGCAAAUCUUGUGUUGUAAGCC